AUGGGCAAAAUCUGUACAUAUUGGUGUUAUUAUUAUGCAGGAGCAUUAGCAGCUACAGCUGAUGUUUUAACACAAAAUGUGGUUGAGAAACGAUGGCACAAAGGGGAAUACAGUGGGAUUCGAACAGUUCGAUUCGCGACUCUUAUUCUUUUUUGGAUUGCACCCAUAACUUAUCGAUGGUUUCUGUUGCUAGAAAAAUUGAAAGGCAAACCAAAUUUGUUACCACUGAAGCGAAUGAUUAUUGACCAGUCAAUGGCAGCACCGACUUUCACUUUCACUUUCAUCACAAAUUUGCAUCUUCUGGAAAGAAAACCUUUUCAUGAAGCACUUGGAAUAGCCAAGAAAGAAAUAAUUCCUGUAAUGAAGACCAAUUAUAGAGUAUGGCCAGCAGUACAACUCGUGAAUUUCUAUCUUCUGCCACUUCGAUACAGGCUUGUAUUUGUCCAGUUUGUGGGAUUAUUUUGGAACAUGUACUUAUCGUAUGCCACUCAAGCUGAAUCUCAAGGAAAAAGCAAAUAA